AUGGCGGACGAGCUGCCUGAAGAUUUCGAUGUUAUCGUUUUGGGAACAGGUAACGUAUUUAUUUAACGCUGUAGAUGAUAUGAGAGAGUUUGACGUUGACCUUUUUAUUCCCGAGAUCGUCUUGGCAGAUGCUGGAAUAAAAUGCGAAGAGAAAAUGGGUGAAAUAUUAAAAUAAUAUUGGUACAAAAUGCAUUUAUGUAAAUCAAUACUCCUUUUAUGUGUCACAGUCUUAUCUAGCUGUCUUUAAAGCGCUUUUGCUUUCUUUCCCGAUGAAAGGUUUCCCUGAAUCUGUUGUGGCAGCUGCACUAUCAAGAAUUGGUAAGAAAGUUCUCCAUUUAGACAGGUCAGUUAAUACGUAAAUUCGUUAAAGUUUAAUCGCUAGUUCAGUACAUCUGUACAUUUAAACGUUUAUACUGAUCUUCCAAGAUUCUUGUUAUAGGAAUGAUUAUUACUCUGAUCAAUGGGUAACAUUUACGUUCGAAAGUUUGCUGAAAUGGAUCGAGCUAAAUCAGGUGGGUAAUUAUAAUGCAACCGGUGAAUGGGGAUCUCUUUCUAAUAAUUAAAAUUCCAACCCUGGCUGUUCUUGCUUUCGUUAUUUCCCAUUUUAUGGUGUUCAUACCCCUGGUCUAGCUGGUAAAUGGUAUUCUUUUCUAUAUCAAAAUUCCCCAAUGUUUUCAUGAAAAAUGAUAGUUAAAUGUCAGUUUCAAAAGUGGACCACCUAAACCAGAAGUGAUGGAAAGUUGUUCGACCUGUAGCCUGCAUCACAUAUAUAUUAGCGUGCAAAGAAAUUUGUGGCGGAUAGCCUGGGGCUAGUAGAUUUUGCUAUCGGACUGGUAAUUUUUGUUCUUAACUUGCCCGACGGGCAAAUUACAGAAGGAUUGUAAUCAAUCCUGCUAAUCAAAAAGGGUUUGGGGGCUAGUUGAAAUGACCUUGUGGGCUAGUACAUGCUAGCUACAACUUGCCUGAACGGCAGGCUGCAAAACUGACUUUCUUUGCACCCUGUAUAUAUAUAUGUAAUCUUUGGUUAGUAGUGUCUGCAAAGCAGUGUCAAGAUCAGAGUUUAGUUUCAUCUGUGGUGUAGGCUUUUCAAAUUGUUGCACUUUAGGGCAAAGGCUAAGGUCCGUGCACUCUUGAUCAAGGAAAUGUUAUUUGACAAUGAUGUAGCUCUGACCUUGUGCAGAGAGAAGGGUAUUCAGCAGCUGAUCAACCAGUUUGCACAUGGCUAUUGAGAGUUUGGGUUGAUUACAGUCGAACCUCCCGUAAGCGACAACCCAAAAUGCAAAGACUUAGUGGUCGCUGAUGGGAGGUUGUCGUUUACAAGAAUCGAACCACAGGGGGAGGGAGGGCAUCUUCCUAAAUGAGGUCUGGGCACAUCCUUACUUUAUGGAAGAUAUUUCUAAGUAACACCAUGUGUAGUUCCAUGUUGUUACUAAAGUUCUUUAUGUAUUCUAAGUCACAUAGUGGGCACAGCGAACAUAUAGAUCAGACAAUGCAUCAAGUGGUCACUUACAAGAGUUUAAAAAUGAUGGAAAAUCAUUAAACUUUCAGGCCCAAAAAGUGGUUGUGGUCACUUAGGGGAGGUGGUCAUUUACUAGAGGUUCCAACUGUUACUGUAAGACUUUGACCGGGAAAGUUUUGGUGUUUUGGAUAGGUGGUUGCUUAUGGGAGGUGGAAGUCACAAAUGGAAUGGAGGGAGACUGGUGCAUUAAGAAAACCACCAUCAUUGGUGAAGAACUUGUAUCAAAAGCUAGCUCAGUGCUUGGUAUCCAUGUUACUGGGCUCUAUUAUUACCAAUCUUGAUCCCACUGGCCACCUUGUUGUUUCAGAAAGAAGCAUAGGUGACAAGAAAAAGCAGAACCAGCUGUUAAGGGACAGAAGACUAUAUAAGAGGCAAAGGCAGCCUUGAUUUCUUAGUGUGCAACCCUCCCUGAAUCACGUUUCUAAACUUUGAGAUUCACCUUGUGACAACCACCCGUUUUUAUUUUCAGAAUAAGGUUGAUUCCAAGGAAGUCGCAAAUGUACAAGAGGAGACUGGUGCCCAGCCCGAUGAGGAACUAAAGCUGGAGGCUGGUAUCCAUUCAAUUCCAAUCCCCAGCCACUCAAGUGAAAUUAGUAAUGUAGUGGUCAAGUCAUUCUUUAGGUUAGUGUUGAUCUAUAAAAUAACGGGUGUUGGUGAGAAGUAACUUCCAGUAAACUUUUAGAUUCUUCUUUCAAGUUGCCCUCUGCUCUGUUUGUUUGUAACCUAAAGGUAGAAACAUUUGACUUGAGAUCAUGGGCCAACCCUAAACCUAACCCUAACUUUUUACCAUGUACAAGUGAAAUGGUAUAAAAGGCUUAAAUGACUUUUGAUAAACUGUUAAAUUCUUCUUUCACAUUGCCCUGUGUAAUUUCAUUAAACAAAAUGACAAUUUAAUAUUUCAUCAAUAGUCCUUAGGGCCUUUUUGAAUGCACCUCUUUUAUUAUUUAUUUAUUAUUUAUGUGCCCCGUGCAUGCUAGUCUCAUGCUUGUUCAGCCAGUUUUCUAAUGAAAGAUUAUAUUGAGAACCAAAUUACAUCAUAGACCCCUUGGAGGUUUCUAUUACUGUCCUUGAAACUUAGCCAAGGGCACAAAAGAAAUCACUGAAUAGGAGAUAUCCUUAUCCCUGUCUUAAGUUUAUUUUUUCAGACAGGGAAGAAGACAGUGGCAGAUAGACAGUGUAUUUUUGCAUUUAUUUCAGUCUUUUUUUUUUAUGGUUUCAGUAAGAAACAGCCACAACAAGAUCCAGUAGAUCCAGAAGUCACAAACCAGGAAGUAAAAGGGACACAUGUUCUUAAGCCCACAGUUGUUUCCUCUCAGCUUCAGGAACAUAAAGAAUCCAGUGAAACUGGCCAAUCAGAUGCAGCUAUCAAAAUUGAAACAUCACAAGAUGCUAGAGCCUCAACAGACUCAAAUGCUGAAGAGAGCACUGCAUCUUCAAGAGCCUUAGAGGGCGCAGAGGAAGGAAAAUCAUAUGACCAGUCAGAAACAGUGAAUGAGUCCAUAGCAAGUGCUGAGAGUGGUGUUAAUGAGGUGUCAGAGGUAGAAAAUAAAGUCGCAAUACCUCCUGAAGUAGGUUCAGAAGAAUCACUGGAGAUUCCUUUUGUACUACCACCAAGAGAAAGACGUCAAACAAAGCCUCCCAUUAGUGUAAACAUGAGUUAUGAUGAUUUAAAGCCCUAUUGGAGACGAUUUAAUAUCGACAUAGCUCCUAAAGUUCUCUUCUCCAGAGGGCCACUCGUGGAAGCUUUGAUUUCAGCAAAUAUCAGUCAUUAUGCAGAAUUUAAAUCUGUCACCAGGAUAUUGACGUACAUGGAUGGAAAAGUUGAGGAAGUACCAUGCUCUAGAGCUGACGUCUUCAGCAGCAGUGUGAUAUCCAUUUUGGAGAAAAGAAUGCUUAUGAAAUUCUUAACUUUCUGCCUUGACUUUGAACAACAAAAAGAUCAGUAUGAGGGUUAUGAAGACCGACCCUAUGCUGAAUUUCUGCAGUCUCGUAGAUUGACCCCCAACUUGCAGCACUUUAUAAUCCAUGCCAUAGCAAUGGUCAAACCAGAAACACCAACUCUGCAAGGUCUCAAAGCAACACAAGGUUUUCUUCAGUCGCUGGGACGAUAUGGAAACACACCUUUUAUUUGGCCACUCUAUGGCGCUGGAGAAAUGCCGCAAGCGUUUUGUAGAAUGUGUGCAGUGUUCGGUGGAUUAUAUUGCCUCAGAAGAGAUGCAUCAGGCAUCGCAAUCAACACUGCAAACAACGAAUGCACGGGAGUAAUCUCAAACAAUCAGCUACUGAAAUGUAAACAGCUCAUACUCGGACAUUCCUAUGUGCCAAAACGUUUCAGAAAGGAUUGUGAACAGUCUGUUUCUCGAGCAGUUUUUAUAACUUGCAGUUCUCUCAAACCAGCUGAAGAGGAGUUCAUCUCUGUUCUAUCUGUGCCACCUUCAGUACCUGGAGGAGAGCCUCUGAGAGUUAUAGAGCUGGGCCCAGCCACUAUGGCUUGUCCCAAGGGCCUUUAUGUUGUCCAUUUAGUUUGCCAAGGGUCUUCUUCAGCAAAGGAAGACUUGGAAGCAACUGCAGAAAAACUGUUUUAUUUUCCCUCUGAAGGUGAGAUCAACAUUAUAGGAUUUGUUAGCUACAGAUGUGGGAAAUGAUGCAAAAAAAAUAUAAUAGAAACUUAAUUGUCAUUCACAACACAACCAAAUCGUGAUGUGUUACUACCCAGAUCUUGGUAAUGCUUCUGAUUGGUCAUCUGAUUGGUCAACCAUGCCACAAUAAAUGGAAAUGUUUUCCUUCUACCAAUGAGAAAUUUCUGCAAUUUGAUUGAAGCAGUGGUACUUAAUUUGAAAUACCUACAUGUGAAAAUCAAAUCUUUUGUGGGUAGUAGGUAUAUUUGCAUAAAUGCAAAAGGCCAAGCGUUGUAUAAAUUUUGAUUCAAAUAACCUAUUAAAUAUUUUGAUUACAUAUUUUUAAACACUGUCUCCCAAUGUCAUUUUUAUGGGGAAACCAGUGGUGGCAUCACUUAAAUGACAGGCUGACAAUUUGCCAACAUUCAUUAUGGUCAUAACCUAUUAAAUUUUUGUUAUUUUUAACAGGUGUUAUGACUCCUGAUUUUAACAAGCGACUCCUGAUCCCACAUGCUUCACUGACCUACCGUCAAAUGUCCAUGCUCUCUUGCUGCCUGGAAACACGUUAGGAUUUGGAGAAGCACUGGAACAGGUAUUUUCCAACCAAAAUAAUCAAAAUAGACCGUUCAUGCCCCGAGGGGGGUUACCCCUCAGAGUGGCUCCGCCCAAAAGGGGGUACCAUUUUCAGGCCUUAGGUGUAUGAAACGGUAGGAAUGUCACGAGUUGAGGUAGGUUAACAGACUGCUUGCAGUCCGCCUUUUCUCUUUAAAUCCGUCCAGUUCUUAUCCCUUCCAGCGAGGUUGCAGACAACAACGUUACAAUAAGGGAUUGGGACGAGACGAGAGAAGACAUAAAGAUACUGCUCGCAGUCUAGUAUGAAAGGGUCGGGAAAUCUGUUUUUUAAUUUUUACUGGUAAUGCUACCUGGUGAUUUCAUUUGCAUCAAGUUCGUGACAGAUUUUUUUUUAAUUCUCCCUUAAUAGGCAAAACAAGUGUUUGAAAAAAUUUGUCCUGAUGAAGAGUUUCUUCAAGCAGUUCCUAACCCUGAAGAUAUUAUACUUGAUGACUUCUUACAAGAUGGGAAUCAAAAUGCCGAGGCUGAACCUGAAGGUGAAGCACAGGCUGAUGCUGUGGUGCAAGAAAGUACAGAGGAAAAGUCUUCAUCAGCAGGGAUGGAGGAGAAGGAUCGCGUAACCAGCGAAGGUGCUGAUGAACGAGCCGAAGAAGAUGCAGGUGUUAUAGACGAGAGUCCUGCUUCGGGUGCAUCUCAGGAACAAAGAGAAGAUGAUCAGGAAAGCAAACAAUCCCCCAGUGAAUGAAGCUGUCGAUCAUUCCAUUGAAUGACGCUGUCAGUGUCAAUCAUUAGUGGUGACUGUGCCUCGUGAUUUGAAGGUUGAUGAAGUGAAUUUAUAGGCAAAUUACUUCAGGUCACCGUUCGUUUCUUCUGUUUGCCAAAAAGUCAUUUCUGCAUUUGACAGUUUGGUCAAUCACUUGAUUUUGUAACGAAUGUUUGAAAUAAUAUUCAAGCUCUUUUUACGAUUCACAGGAAAAUCAGGAUAUUCAGGAGAAACAAAAUCAUUUUUGAAGGAGAGGAUGAAGUUUUUCAGCUGAAUUCAAUUUCCUUUGUAUUUUCUUAAUGAAUUAUCAAUGAGUUUGAGAAGUUCAUUUUACGAUUCACAGGAAAAUCAGGAUCUGCGGGUGAAACUAGAGGAUGAUAUUUCAGCUGAAUUCAAUUUUAAAAACAGGAAUUAUCACACUUUUUAUGUUGUCACUGUAGCGAAACAGAUGCGCAGCGGAAAGACGUAAUAGCGAAAUGAUUUCAUGUUUGCCACUGUACUCGUCCAGUGAGACUGCAAUUACGUAACUCUGUUCAAUGCCCUGAAAGGCUUAAAACUAAUUUACUAUGAAUGAAUUCUUAUGGUGUGACUAUUCGAUUGAAACAUUUUUCUGUUUCUAUGUUAAUACGAUAAAACUUGUUGGAUAAAAAAAGACAUUCCACGGGAAACAAAUCCUUGUAAUUGCCUUGUAGUAGAUAGCUUAUAGGCGGACCCAUUGGCGAACUUAAAACAGUUAGUUAACUCAUUUAUCUCGUUACUGGCCAGAAUACUGGCAAAGGAAACCGGUCGUUUCGAAACAGGUCGUUUCGAUACGAAGUCAAGCAGUGAAAUUGCGCAAAAAUUGUGAUCACUUUAAGUAAAGUUUGUAAUUGAACAAGAAAAAUAUUUUGGGUGAAUAUUCUUUGUUCUUUAAGCUAACUACGUGAAACUAUCUACACCUCAAAGGAAUUAGCUUGUAUCGAAACGACCGAUAACCCAAGCGAAAGUGCAGAAACCUCAGAGCAAAGGCCAUGUAUAGCUCCAUUGAGCACGUACACAGCGUAAUUGCAUCUCAAAUUUUUUGUUUUUCUGAUUUCGCGGUUUUUCGCGUCCACAAAAAAGUAAUUUUUGACGUCAUUUAUAAACAGUUUCUGCUUUUUUACCGACGCUUGACCAACUCAAAGUAAUCUCGGUCAGUUAAACAAACUGUGAACCAACCCUAGUAUAUCAUAGCACAUGGUUGGUGACCAAUCAAAUCAGCGACGCUAACAAAUUAAUAUAAGUUGAAUUAAGAUGCUCGGAACGA